CACCUACAACGGAGAUAGUCGAUAUAUAAUAUAGUGACACGUCAUUUACCUUCAGUGUGGAGGACGUGCUACAGUUUUAGUCGGUCAGUUCAGUUUAGGUUUAAGUAUAAUAGUGACACUGAUAAUUAAGGAAUAAACUUUCCGUUUCCAUUUAAAAACUAAACGCGUUAAUUGUUUGUGUAAAGGAAAGAAGAUACCAUACCGGAAAUUGUUCACAGUUGAAAUAGCUGUCUGUUCAAGGAAUAGGCAUGAAAUUGUAAACAGUUGUUUUCUCUAAUUGUAUGUAAGGAAUAACAGUGUCAAAACAGACGUUUUUCUUCUAAACUGAAUGUAAGGAAUAACAGACAGCUAUAAAACAUGUUUUCUCUACACUGGAUGUAAGGAAUAACAGACAGCUAUAAAACAUCUGUUUUCUCUACACUGGAUGUAAGGAGUAACAAACAUCUAUAAAACAUCUCUUUUCUCUACACUGGGUGUAAGAAGUAACAGACAACUAUAAAACAUCUGUUUAACCUACAUUGAAUGUAAGUAGUAACAGAAAGCUGUAAAACAUCUGUUUUCUCUACACUGGAUGCAAGGCGUAACAGAAAGCUAUAAAACAUCUGUUUUCUCCACACUGGAUGUAAGGAGUAACAGACAGCUAUAAAACAUCUGUUUUCUCCACACUACAUGUAAGGAGUAAGAGACAGCUAUAAAACAUCUGUUUUCUCUACACUGGAUGUAAGGAGUAACAGACAGCUAUAAAACAUCUGUUUUCUCUACACUGGAUGUAAGGAGUAACAGACAGCUCUAAAGCGGCUGUUUUCUCUACACUGGAUGUAUUAAGGAGUAGGAGAAUUGCGUUACCCAGCUGCAGACUGACGUAAGGAAUAUAACAGAGGCAGUUAUUUAGAAAGCAGAUGUUUUCAGAUAUCUAAGCCUUGGAUAUUUGCUGCAACCGGUAACAAUCACACGCAGGAGCCACAUCACGUAAGAGGUCCGUUAAACUGGAUUACAGCAGCACAACGUAACGUAUUACUAUAACACGGAGGGGUGAAGAGGUCCGUUAAACUGGAUUACAGCAGCACAACGUAACGUAUUACUAUAACACGGAGGGGUGAAGAGGUCCGUUAAACUGGAUUACAGCAGCACAACGUAACGUAUUACUAUAACACGGAGGGGUGAAGAGGUCCGUUAAACUGGAUUACAGCAGCACAACGUAACGUAUUACUAUAACACGGAGGGGUGAAGAGGUCCGUUAAACUGGAUUACAUCAGCACAACGUAACGUAUUACUAUAACACGGAGGGGUGAAGAGGUCCGUUAAACUGGAUUACAGCCGUACAACGUAACGUAUUACUAUAACACGGAGGGGUGAAGAGGUCCGUUAAACUGGAUUACAGCAGCACAACGCAACGUAUUACUAUAACACGGAGGGGUGAAGAGGUCUGUUAAACUGGACUACAGCAGUACAACGUAAUGUAUUACUAUAACACAGAUGCAGCACAACGUAACGUAUUACUAUAACACGGAGGGGUGAAGAGGUCCGUUAAACUGGAUUACAGCAGCACUACGUAACGUAUUACUAUAACACGGAGGGGUGAAGGGAUCCGUUAAACUGGACUACAUCAGCACAACGUAACGUAUUACUAUAACACGGAGGGGUGAAGAGGUCCGUUAAACUGGACUACAGCAGCACAACGUAACGUAUUACUAUAACACGGAGGGGUGAAGAGGUCCGUUAAACUGGAUUACAGCCGUACAACGUAACGUAUUACUAUAACAUGGAGGGGUGAAGAGGUCUGUUAAACUGGAUUACAGCCGCACAACGUAACGUAUUACUAUAACACGGAGGGGUGAAGAGGUCUGUUAAGCUGGACUACAGCCGCACAACGUAACAUCUGCCGAUGGAGGAGCCACAUCACGUAAAGAGGUCCGUCAGGAUGGACUACAGCCUGACGUACCGGGGUAACGAGGAACUGGACGACAUCCUGGAGACUCAGCUGGGCACGCUGCACCAGGAGCAGCACAAGGUGGAGCGGAACAAGUGUCAGGAGAUCGAGGAGGCCAGGAGAGAGGCCGAGCAGUUCGAGACGCUCAAGGAGAUCAUCAACAACAGGUCUGUAGACGCGGUCGACCUGUACAACAGUUUCUGUAAACAGUCGACGUCUGGUGACGACAACGAGCAAGGUCCCUACAGAUCUAAAGAGGUCAGUAAGACUCUGAAGCGCAUUCAGAAGGAGCGCGACAAGUUCAGCGCUAAGAACCUCUUCAACGUGACGAUCCCUCGACUCAGAAGGUCGUCCAGCGUGUUCCAGGCUUCCGUAGACGGGGAGAACUGGACAGGACGUCGGGCAGCGUCUGCCACGGUUCAAUCCUCAGCUCCGGCUGCUGAACCGAAAACUCAAAGAGUGAAUCAUUCCACAGACUACACCCCCCACUCGCCCGUCUUGUCGCAUGUGCCUGGCCCGCGCCCCGUGUCCGUUCCGGCGAGGUGUCUUCGCUCCGAGAGCUCGUCUGGUCGCUAUAGCGGUAGUGCUGGAUUGGCGAGGUCUCGGAAACAGCUGCGAGAGAUGAGCGAGUUGGAACAGUUUUAUUCCCGGCCCCCAGUGAUGACGGCGUGGGAGGUGAGGCAGCACCUGCUGUAUUCGCUGAUGGAGGACAACAAACGGCUUCAAACCAGAGUGAACUCGUUUGUGGAGGAACUCAGAAACUUUAACAAGAGACAGAAACAGCCGAAAUAUUAUACAUGACAGUUUACUUGUGCUCGUUCUAACACCUUAUGUAGCUUACUGUUUCAUUUUACAGAAGCAGUACAAGGUAAAUAUAUGAAUACAUAGACGUCGGAAGAUCCCACCAUCUGGGAUGGCCAGUAAUAUAAUAAUUCGCCUUCCAUCGGUGUGUGUGUGUG